AUGGUCACUAUGCUGGUGCUGGGAAAGUUCCUGAACACAAACAUCAUCUUCUGGGGAUCUGCCCUGGCAAUUGGUAGUAUAGUUGAUACAGCCGCGUUCACCUUGCUCCCGGUGCCCAUACGAUUGACAUUUCUCUUCAGGACGGGCCUUCUUUUUCUGCUUCCAGGCGUCCAGUCCCUUUUCUCCAGCAUCUUCAACCUGAAGGUCUUCACCGAGUCCCUGGACGCCACAUGCCAGUUUAUGGCAUAUGCCUACGAACAGUAUUGGCUCGAGGAUGUGUUUUGUGUCAGGUUUCGAGCAGUUUCUGUCAGCCUCAAAGGGCAGACGGAUCCGACCAUGACGGGGAACGCAGCCAUGUGCCGCAUGAUCAUCAUGUCCUGCUGUUGGAGCUUCCUUGCAGACUACCUGUGGGUACCAGCAGUGGCAUAUGCCAGGGAUAUUGGGCGUGGGCCCUCAUUCCUGGGCUUGGCUUUCGCCCUCAACCUUGGGUCGCGGCUGAUCCCCAACGUGGCCGUCACGAAGCUGGGGCUCAAGUCGGAGUUCAUGAUGAUCGCGAUGGUCAUUGCCGGUUAUGCGACAUCCUUCGCCUAUCCAGCUGAGGCUUGGGCUUUCUGUUUCAUGGCCUUUUGCUCCGGAUUUGGCUUCCUGAGAGUUUGCAUGACGCUGCACACCCAGGUGACGUUCGGCCAGGAUGCGGAGAAGCUGGGCAAAGCGUGCAAGUAUGCCGGAGCUGCCAAGAACUUGGGGAGCAUUUCAGCCAUGAUCGUGCCCAUAGCGCUGUACCAGCAGUGUGGCUGGAGGGCUGUUUGCUGCGGAGCUUUGUCCGCUGCGACUCUGUACUUCCUCCUGGCAGUUGUGCAGCACUGGCAAGCAACUGCUGGAGACGACAAGGUGGAAGUGAGCUGUCCGAGCUCAGAAGUCUCCACAUCAGAGGAUCCCAUUGCUUGGAUCGACUGGAUCAUUGGCUUCGCCUUCAUCAUCACAGAGCUGCAGUACAAUAUCGGGAACGCUGCAAUCCCCCAGACCCUGACAAAAACAUUCGGGAUGCCUGUCUACGCGGUGGGUCCACUCCUUGCCACUCUCAACGGGGUGUGCAUGUGCUUUCUUGCGGCGCUACCUCGCCUUCCAUGCAUACUGUUGCACCGCAACCCUGUCAAUAUUGUGGCAGCAUUUCUGUCAAUCCUCCUGUCCUGGAUCUUUGCCUCCUGUGCGGCAUUCUCCCCGGAAGGGCUGCCUAUGUUCGUGGCCAGCAUCUUGCUUUUCAUCCUGGCAGUAAACAUGGCCCAAGUCCUUCUGUUGGAGUACUUGUCCAAUGUCUUGGACGCCCAGGGAUCUAAGAAGCUGCUGGGCUUCUCAGAAACCCUGGGUUGUGGCUUUGCCAUGCUUGGUGGCUAUCUUGGAAAUGCUCUGGAAGUCUAUGGGGAUGCUGCCCCAUUCAUGAUGCAAUCGGUUGUGGCUUUGGUCACUGUGUCGAUCCUGGGCGCCUGCCUUGGCCACCGCCACGUGACGCGCCGCCAGCUUCUGAGUACCGAGGAGAGGGAGGAUGACAUGGGCUAUGACGUGGAGAGCUUGAGUGUCAAGAAGACGCUGCAGGCUUGCGCGCAGCAAAGCUUUUUCGGUGUGAAGCUCAUCGUCCGCUGUACGUCAGGAGACACCCUGGCAAUUGUGGAGUCCAAAUACCGGAAGUCGCUCAAGGUCGGUUUGCCAAAUUUGGCGGCACCUCUACUUGACGAUUCGACGGAUGGCUCCUCACUCUCGCGGUGUUCAAGCCAUGGCAGCAGCGUGGACAUUCACGACACAUCAAGCGAUUCCGACCCACAUUCUGCAGACAUGGUGUCUGAGUCUGCCUGA